AUGAAGACUCCGAAGCUGAGUCUGGGGGAAGGAGCCCUGGCCUUGGAAUCUUCUGAUGACUUGUUUGGGAGACUGGUGAGAGAACAAGAAUGUCUAAAGGAUAGAAAAGUCCACAAGAGCCGUGUGAAGUGGGAGAGUGACUGGAACUGGCAGAGUUCAUUAAGGAAGUCUCCAUGGAGGAGGGAACACCCUUCACCGAUGCAGAUCAACCCCUUCUCUACAACUCAUCCUGGCAGACACUGGGAGGAGGCCAACAUGACCCAGGUCCAAGAGUUCAUCCUGUUGGGUUUGUCACCAAGGCCAGGCCUGCGGGGUGUCCUCUUUGCCGUGUUCCUGACCCUCUACCUGCUGACUCUCUUGGAGAACACCAUCAUCAUUCUGCUCAUCUGGAGUCACGCAGAACUCCACAAGCCCAUGUAUUUCUUCCUGGGGAACCUGAGCUGCCUGGAGAUGUGCUAUGUGUCGGUCACGAUGCCCACCCUGCUGCUCGGGCUGUGGUCAGGAUCCUGCCACGUCCCCUUCACCUCCUGCAUGACUCAGCUCUUCUUCUUCAUCACACUCAUCUGUGCCGAGUGCACCCUGCUGGCCUCCAUGGCCUAUGACCGCUAUGUGGCCAUCUGUCGUCCCCUCCACUACCCCAUCCUCAUGAGGCCGCAGGUCUGCCUCCUGCUGGCUGCUGCCUCCUGGAUGGGCAGCCUCAGUGUCUCUGUGAUCAAGACAGCCUGCAUUGCUGGCCUCUCCUACUGUGGCCCCAAUGUCCUCAACCACUUCUUCUGUGAUGUCUCCCCUCUGCUCAACCUCUCUUGUACCCACGUGGCACUGACUGAGCUGGUGGACUUCAUCUCCGCCAUCGUCAUCCUGUGGGGCUCACUGCUGGUUGCCUUGGCUUCUUACACAGCUAUCGGGGCAGCUGUGAUACGAAUGCCCUCGGCUGCUGCCCGACGCAAGGCCUUCUCCACCUGUGCCUCCCAUCUCAUUGUGGUGGGCAUCUUCUAUUCAGCCACCAUUUUCAUUUAUGCCAGGCCCAGUAGAAUUGAGGCCAUGGACCUCAACAAACUGCUCUCUGUCAUCUACACGGUACUCACACCCAUGUGUAACCCCAUCAUCUACUGUCUGCGGAACAAGGAGGUCCAAGGAGCUUUGCGCAAGACACUCCACAAGGUUGGAUUCAGUCAGAAUUCAGACAGCUAG